UAACUCUACGGCUGUCACUGUGUGUGGACCCCCAGGUUUCAUGGAUGAAUUGGGCUCCAGAAGUUAGCCGAGGAAGUUAAAGUAUGAGUUUCUAAGUUGAACCUGCAGGAGUUUGGAUGAAUGUGAGCCACAGAAAGGAGAAACACUGGAGAUAUUUUUUCUAGCUGCUAUGACUGUAGUAAUAGGAUUUGAGGGCAGUGCCAAUAAGAUCGGCAUUGGAAUCAUCAGGGAUGGUGAAGUGCUUUCCAACCCUAGACGGACCUACAUCACCCCUCCUGGUCAAGGCUUCAUGCCGAGCGACACCGCCAGGCACCACCGUGCUGUCAUACUGACUGUCCUGAAGGAGGCGCUGGAGCAAGCAGGGCUGAAGCCUGCAGACAUUGACUGUGUGGCGUACACCAAAGGUCCUGGUAUGGGUGCCCCCUUGGUAACAGUGGCUCUGGUGGCCCGUACAGUCGCACAGCUUUGGGGAAAGCCGCUCCUCGGUGUCAACCACUGUAUUGGACACAUUGAGAUGGGCCGACUCAUCACAAAAGCCAACAACCCGACUGUGCUUUAUGUUAGCGGUGGAAACACACAGGUUAUUGCGUACUCAGAGCGGCGGUACAGAAUAUUUGGGGAGACCAUUGACAUCGCCGUUGGCAACUGUUUGGACAGGUUCGCCCGUGUAAUAAAGAUUUCCAAUGACCCCAGUCCAGGCUACAACAUAGAGCAGAUGGCCAAAAGAGGGAGUCAGUACGUGGAGCUGCCAUAUACAGUAAAAGGAAUGGAUGUCUCAUUUUCUGGGAUUUUGUCCUACAUUGAGGAGGUUUCUCAUAAGAUGCUGAGCUCUGGUCAGUGUGCAGCAGAGGACCUGUGUUUCUCCCUGCAGGAGACGCUGUUCUCAAUGCUGGUGGAGAUCACAGAGAGGGCCAUGGCUCACUGCGGCUCCCAGGAGGUCCUCAUCGUCGGGGGCGUCGGCUGUAACCUGCGUCUGCAGGAGAUGAUGGGGGUGAUGUGUAAGGAGAGAGGAGCCAAACUGUUUGCCACAGAUGAACGGUUCUGCAUAGACAACGGAGCAAUGAUCGCUCAAGCCGGCUGGGAGAUGUUCAGGUCUGGACAGGUGACGGAGCUGGAGGACUCGUGGAUUACACAGAGGUACAGAACAGAUGAGGUGGAGGUGACGUGGAGAGACUGAUGGACUCAGCCACAUGUUGCAGCAGGUCUGUUAGGACGGGAGGUUUAGAGCUCCUGAAGAGACACUUCAUUCUGGGAAACUUAAGAAUUUAAGAGUUUGUUUUGAGUUUGUCUGAAUUACAGUUUAAAGCCACAAAUAAAGUUUCUCUUCCCGCUAAUGUUUCAGGCGGACUACGGAAAAUCCUGGCAAGUUAAAUCAGUCCCGUUUUACUUUAAACUGUUUCUCCUCAGUAUCAAGGAGGGAAACGUUGAACUGUCAGAUAAAAACAGACUAAGAUGAAACUCAUCAAGUUUAUUCAUUUUUAUUAAGCAAUACUGUUCACUUACAUUCCUCCUCUUUCUCCAGUGUAAAUUUUUUUUAUUCAAUAAAUUCUUUUCAAAAAUCAA